GACAUGGGCGUGGCAAUUAUAAUAAUAGACAUGCGCACGUGUUGUGAUAACUCGGCACCGCAAACAGCACGCAAACGUAACUUAUACGCACGGCAUGCAGGUAAUUGAUUGAAGAUUUAUAAUCAUGAUUAGGGUCUAUGUGUUCGAUAUCAUUUGACAACUGUGCCCUUGAUAGCAUCAAUCCACCAAGUUUUUAAUGUUUCACCAAAGCGUGACAGCAAUCUUUCCAGGGAAGAUUGUAGUGUACCAUGUACUACAUUUCAUGUCUUGUUUAAUGUUAUGAACUUAAAGUAAACGCGCGCUGACACAGGCAAGGGAGAUGAGAUGACGCGAUUCCUAAGUGUACAUUGACUAAAAAGCGAUGGAUUCCACUCAUGCAUGUACGAGGUCAGUGCGAGGAAGCUGAAAGUAUAAAGGAAAAGGACGCAGUCGACCAACUAUUAGGUCUAUGUUUGAACAAAGGUUGGCUAUGAUAUAAAAUCCCUCAACCAGGCCAACCUUGUUGAUCUUGAUGUCGUUCACAAUAUCACAAUUAUAAAUCAAAUGCAAAUGUCGUAAAUACUAUUUGCCAUGACGUGAUAGUACAGACUACAGUGUUGAGUGUGCGAAGAGUAACAUUUUAACCUCUUUAUUGACUGAAGACGAGCGAGACCGGCAUUGAGAAAGAUGUUGCAUAUUGGUUGGUUAUUGGGAAGGUGUGUAUCAUAUGCAGAUUCCACCAGUACAAGAAUGGCAGCAGAGAAACUUUGGUCUCCACUCUCAUGUUUUCAACCUGGAUUGCAGAAAGAUGCCAAUGUUGCACUGAUUAUUCUGAACAGACCAAUCCAUGAUGUACAGCCUCUCCUCAAAAGAAUAUGGGAUGGUGCCGUUAUCAGAGCAGCAGCUGAUGGUGGUGCCAACCGUCUACAGGAAUGCAUGUCACAAGAAGAUCACAGAUAUGUUCCUGAUAUUGUCUCUGGUGACUUUGAUUCAGUGAGGGAAGAGGUAGUCCAGUACUGCAAAGAAAGGGGAAGUGAUGUGAUCCAUACACCAGAUCAGAAUUCUACAGAUUUCACUAAGUGCCUUAAGAUUGUUGUGAAUAUCGUCAAGAAAAAGUCUUUGGCAGUGGAUCGCAUCGUGGUGUUUGGAGCAUUUGGUGGUCGAAUAGAUCAAACUAUAGCCAACAUCAACACCCUCUUUCUAGCGUCGGCGGUAACGGACCUACCUGUAUACCUUCUUGGAGAUGACUCCCUAGCAUGUCUACUAUUUCCAGGCAGGCAUAGGAUUAAGGUGGACACUGGCCUCGAAGCCGAGUGGUGCGGACUCAUCCCUAUUGGUACCGAGUGCAAAAGGGCUUCAACGACGGGUCUCAAGUGGAAUCUAGACAACCAAUCCAUGCAGUUUGGAGGUAUGGUGAGUACGUCCAAUAGCUACGCACCAGAUGCACAAGAAGUGACAGUAUCCACCGAACAGCCUCUCCUCUGGACGAUGGGGAUUCAAACUCUGACCUCUGAAGGUCACAAUGGGUCAUUAAGUUAUAAUGGAUCAUCAGAGCAAUCAAAGCAAGAAGUUCCUGAAUCACGUUCAUGACCCACAAGGCCAAAGUAUUGAAAAAUAUGUUGGGUACCGGUAUAAGUUAUUUGAUUGCCAUGAGAAAUUAGCAUUGCUUAGAUUAAAGAAUUUAAAUGUUCACAGAAAGCACAUUUAUUUAGUCAUCAUAUCUUAGUGUGUGAUUUCUGUACAAACAGGUGGAUUCUUACAAAUCAAAAUCAGGAGUUCAUGAGAAUUAAACUUUGUUAAAAAAUGAAGUUACAUAAUUCAUAAGCAUGGAACUUAAAAAGAAGUAACAGAUUAUGGUGCGAAUAUUAAUUUAGAUGUGUUUUAUUUUCUUUGUUAGUAAGUGCAAUCUCAGAUGCACUUUUUAUUUUUAAGUAGUCAGAUACAGUCAUUGUUUAAAGAUGCAAGAUAUUUUACCAUGAAAAUUCUUGCCUGCAAUUUUGUGGUAUAUUAUCACCAGAAGUAUAUAUAUUUAGUACAUUGAUUUACUUAACUUUGUCAUUUAUAAUAUCCAGGCAACCGUGGUAUUCUCGAUUCCCUAAUGACAAAGCAUAUUGUUAUUAGCAGUAAUAUUUUCCUGAGAUUUCGGCAGUUUUACCUUCAUUCACUGCACGCCAGUUCUUGCAUGCCAUUUUGAAAUGUUUGCCUCAUCAACUGAAUUUAUGUGCAUGAAAACUGAUGUGUAUACCGGUAAUAGAUUUUAUUUCAUGGUGCUUUACAAACAUUUUUUAAUUUUUUGUUUGUUUGUUUGAAUCAUAGAUUGUAUCUAGAGUGUACAAAUUACUCAGUGCACACAGUAAUAUAUGGAAAAUAUGAGUUAAUCAGUAUGCAGGCACAUGUUAAAUAAAUCAU